AUGGGCGUUUUUAAUGCCUCUGGUAUGGAUCCAAACUUUAAUUAUUACUUUAAAAUUUGUACGGGAGGUGCAAAUCCCAAUUCUCGUCUCUGCAACUUUACCUCUCAAGGUUUCCAGUACUCUUCUUUGUAUGAACUUUGCUAUCCAAUUGGAGCUACCAACCCAAGAAUUAGUUUUAUAAAUCCAAGUUCUGAACAAGAAGGUGUUUCCAUUGUUCAUUCUGAAAUUGUAGCAUCAGAUGGUGUUCUAAGAAAGCUCAAAAUUAAUCUAGUUUGUGAUUAUGCUCUAGAAACUCCAAAGUUUACUUUUAUGAGUGAGUCAAAGGAAGGUGGAGUGAUUACCUAUCUAUUUUCAGGAAGAACCAAAUAUUCAUGUCCACCAAAGCCAAAGGUUGUAGAUUGUACCAUUAAAACAACUAGUGGUGUAGUAUUGGAUCUAUCUGUUUUGGAUCAGAGUAAUGGAUAUGUUGUUUCUUCAACAAAUGAUCCUUCUUGGAAUUAUUACUUCACUGAAACUUGUACAACGACAUCCCAAGCAUAUCAAUAUUCUAAAACUUACAACGUUUGCUUCCCUAUUGGUUAUGGAGCCAAUCCAAUUUUGAGUUUUGUAAAUCCAGCCAAAGAAAGAGAAGGUGUUAAAGUUGUUCAUAGUGAGAUUUACAAUACCGAUGGAGUGGCUAGAAAGCUUGAAUUACGUUUGUAUUGUGAUAGAAACGCCCAAACUCUCCCAACAUUCCAAUUCAUUGGUGAAACAAGAGAGGGUGGUGUUAUUACUUACCAAUUUUCUGGUAAAACUAAAUCAGUAUGUCCUGCACUCCCAGAAAUUCCAAAACAAUGGGGUGGAUUGAAUUAUAUUGAUUUGGAUGAUUAUUCCAAUAGAAUCGUCUCCUAUCGUCUAGAUUCAUUCAUUGGACAACCAACAUUGAAUGUGCAAGUUUUACCAUCAAGUUCAAUCCAAAAGUACCUUUUUAUGAUUAGUGACUGUACAAAGAAUAGCUGGAGUUCAACAUUCAAGUUUGAUAAUUCCUCAUUCUUGCAAAAUUAUGGAUGUGUUUCUAUAUUUAGUCAAGUUUCGAACGAAACAAAUCCAGUCCCUCUUUCAAUUAGUUUCACUCAACCAAGCUCUGAGAUGAUGUUAGUAAUUCAAACAAGUACCAACCAGGAAAUGGUAAACAUGGGCAAUACCAACUCAUACACUGUCCAACCAUCUAGUGUUAGAUAUAACUUGAUAUAUUCAAGAAAGAUAAUGUACAAUUAUAAGGAACUAAAGCUUAAUGAAGAGUUAUCCAUUUCCCAAAAGGAUUCUGAAUUGUAUUUGGCAACUGUUAAAUUCCCUGCCAAUUCGUACCUGAAACUCAAUUGUUAUCAAAUCAAAGAUAUUUACGUUAGCAAAGAGGUUGCAUGGAAUACUGCUCAAGAAAUUGUAUCCUCUGAUUAUCAUUUAACCAAAUCUGGAGUUCUUUAUAUCUACUCUGGAGAGACACAAGUUGAGUACAAACUUGUAAUUAUUGGAAAUGCUUAUUUGUAUACAAGCGUAGUAGAUUUUGUUUAUACCUCUAACACAGUAACAGGUCUUUCCCUGUCAUUGGCAGCGAGUAUUUUCAUUCUGGCACUGGUUAUUGUAAUUGGUAUUGUUGUAAUCAUCAAAUUGAGACAAAAACAAAACAAUUUGGGUGAUUUGAAAGUUAGACUCAAUUAA